UUCAAUCUGAAAGUGGUUCAAGAAUAGUGUGUGCGAUUAGAAGUGAGUCCUAGGUGUGUAGAAGCAGCAGCUUCGUCGUCGUCGUCGUACGCAAGCGGGCGAAAGAGCAGUGACGAGCGAGUGAGAGAGAAGUGUUAGCUUGAAUAUGGCUGUGUUUUUGAUUAACAUAUGCAAGUUCAAUGGUUGUGGCAUUACGUUUCCGAGUUUGGGCGACCUGAUACAGCACAUCGAGGAUACCCACAUAGACUACGAGUCGCAGAUCAUCGGCCAGAAGGAAAAGUCCCAGUCCACGUGUCUUCCGUUGAGCUAUGUGUUGCGGUUCAUCACGGACCCAUCGCGGAGGGAGAACUCCAACCUGACCAAUGGCGCCACCGGUGCCGGGUGUGGUGGUGUCCGGGGAAGCACCCUGAGCAGUAGUGGUGGACACAAUGGCCCAAGCCUGACGGCUUCCGGCGCAGUCAACGGAGGGGGUGGUGGUGGUGCUGACUGUGCCGGGUAUCAAAGUACACCGCCGGGAACGCCCGGAAGUACCACAUCGUCGUCGUUGCUCGGUGGAAGCGGGGGCCUGGGAGGCGGAGGGGGACUUGGCAGUGGAACCACGGGGAGUGGCUCCGGUGGGGGAAGCGCCGGUGGCGGCGGCGGCGCCGGAAGUGGUGACGGUAAGAAUGCGGCGGCAGCAUCGGCUGGUACCGAUAUGAAGCGCAAGAUGGCUAUUAAACAUCACAGCUACAGCAUGUCAUCCUCGAACCGAAGUACAACGCCCACGGGUAGCGAAAUGGACGAUGACGACAUGAUGGUGUCCGAGUCGGAGGACAGUAAUGAUUCCUGGACGACGGAGGAGUUCAGUUCGGAGUUCAUCAUGCGCUAUGGAAGCAGGCGCCACUCUUCAUCCAGUGGAAACGGGCUGAACUCAUCCAACGAGAAACCUUUUGCAUGUCCUGUGCCCGGUUGUAAAAAGCGAUACAAGAACGUGAACGGUAUCAAGUACCAUUCGAAGAACGGCCAUAAAAAGGACGGAAAUCGCGUCCGGAAAGGCUUCAAGUGUCACUGUGGCAAAAGCUACAAAACAUCCCAGAGGCUAAAGAACCACCAGCUCAGUGCUCACCAGAACCCGGUGGUGGUGGACGCUGUCAGUCCGACGGCUGCUGUGGCCACUGCCAGCGUAACCGGGGCACUGCUAUCACCCGUUUCCUCAACUUCCAACUGUUCGUCGUCGUCGUCGUCGUCAUCUUCGUCGUCGUCCUGUUCAGCCGCCACGGUGUCGUCCAUCGUUCAAUCCCUAUGUUCCUCGACCGGCGCCAACGGAAGCAGUAACAGCAACAAUCAGCAACAUCAACAAACCGGUGGUGGCAAUGCGACGCUCAGCGUGCCGAGUGCCGUCGCCAUUGCCACCGCAGCAGUAUCUAGUCAAAUUGCAUCCUCUUCCUCCUCUUCGAGUUCAUCCUCAUCUUCAUCGUCCUCGUCGUCGUCGUCUUCGGCCGGUUCCCCAAACGGCAAGUAUGACAACCUGGGCAUCCUGACGCCGGCGACCUCGCCCAAGCUGACCCUGAUGACUGCCACCGGCGGAGCGGGCUCGGACAGCCUGCUCCCGAUGACCCCCAUCAGCCCAACGGGUGGAACGGCCACCGGUUCCGGUGGCGGCGGCGGCGCCGGAGGAGGAGGUACUAGUACAAACGCCACCACGCUGGUAAGUAGUAAAGCCUUGUCGGCGGCCACUCUCGUGGGCCAACUGCACACCGAAGAGACGUAGCCGAUACUCAAGAAUCUACUGCUGAGAAAGUGUUGAAGGUAGAAGGCGGCGGCGGCUACGACGUUUCGCCCGCCGUCCCUCGUUUUCUUCGUUGUUAUCUUAGUGAAAAAAAAAACAUGAUACGCUUUUUAACUUUACGCCCGACGCAGCAGGCGGUGGCGGCGGUCAUCGACCGCGCGCUGUUCCGUCUGUCAAGAAGUACCGCACACUGGCAUAUGGUGGCGCUGGCUGGUAGAAAGAGAAGGAAAGAGAUAGGGGAUACAAUCAUCAGAAAUGUACACGCCUACUGUGUAUUGAAAUUCGCACCUGCAAUAGGGCUGUUUAGGGGCUUCAAGCGAUUCAAGUAAUUCAAGACGUUCAGGAUUCAGGUUCAGCAUCAGAUUUGUUUCGAAUUAAAUAGCGUAAUUAGGAGAGGGGGUACUCCCGGUUGGCAUAAUGGUCGUUUGACAUAAAUGGCAUUAGGUCAGAUGAACUUUACGCCACCACGUGGGAUACUUCCGCAUAACACAGUUCUUGGUCUCACCACAGGAAAUAGUUUACUUGGUAGAAUGUAGAAUUACACAACAAAUUCACAGUUACAACAGUCAGCAACUAAUGUAAUCUAACCUAUUUUCACGUCGCUUCCUAUAAUAACCCGCACUACUAUUAUUGAUUCGCCUGUGUCCGCGCGGUGGACUUUAAAUGCCGAUUUUUGUUUUUGUCGUUUUUUAAUUUAUUUAAACCCCCGUACUUAAGUGUAGCGUAAGCGAGAGCUGAUGCUACUACUGCUAAAUCAUAACUGAAACUGUAUUUGUCACUGUCGGUGUUAAGUUUUCGUUCGGAAUUGUCCUGUUUGUAUAUGAAUUGCGGACCCCCUCGUCUCGUCGAGGGGUCUCGCAAUGUAUAUCUGUAUUUUGCACUGUUUUAAAGGAUAGGUAAAUCAAUCUGAGUAGGCUUCAAAUCUAAACCUCAACAGACACACAUUUCGCGCUGUAGACGAGUUGGUUAGAGACAGAGAUAGAGAUAGACAGAUAGAGUGAGUAAAACUAAUUGAGAAAAGCGGAAAACUAACUAGCACUCAAGAAAAAAAAAAACACACGAUAUACUAUAUCAAAGAAUAACAAAUCAGAUCUCGUUCGCUUGUAGCUUGUAAACCAUACAGAAAAUAAGAGGGAUCGGAGAGAAGAACUGUUUAAACAUUAGUGAGGGCCAGCAGCAGCGGCGGCGUUGCAACGACCGGAAACGAAGAAAGAUUGAUAAACUAUCGAUACCAAAAUUUACUUCAUAGGAUCUUUAUAGAUAAUUAAUAUAUUAUAUUUAUCGUAAACAAGGAAAAAACAGAAAAAAAAAACAAAUAAAAAUCGAUUGCCUGUUGAUCAAAAUUUAAAAAAAAUCUGCAGUCACAUACACACACACGCAUGCGAAUACAAAAAAAAACAGUACACAUACACAUACAUAUUGUAGAGAAGAAACGGAGAGCGGAAACGCUUAACAUAGAAAAAAAAAAUAUGAUGAUUAUAAACGAAAAAUUACGCAACAUAAAAUGCCAUCUUCCUUCGGUUGUGACGAAAUAAGCAACAGCAACAAAAACAACUAGACACCGUUAAAAUAAAAGUGAUCAUCAGGUUGAUCGAAAGAUACGAGAGACAGAGAGAGAGGCUAUUUACUAACCGCUGCACUGUGGGAAAAAAUAGGACGCAAUCAGUGAAGUACUAUAUUGAAAGUAGUGAGCUGAAUUUUUGUAUGGUGAGAUGAUAAAUUCUCCUUUUCCACAAUGAAAUGGUGCAAACAGCGUAGGUUAUAUGAUUCAUUGGCUAAUUUGAUGCUGUUUGAGCAAAAGUUUAGAUAACUGUAUUGCUGAUUUUUUUUUUCUUGCAACUUCAACAAGACAGUUAUCUAAACUUUUGCUCAAACAGCAUCAAAUUAGUCAAGAAAUCAUAUAACCCAAACUGUUUGCACCAUUUCAUUGCAGAAUUGGAGUAUUGAUCAUCUCACCAUACAAAAAUCCAGCUCACUACUUUCAAUCUAGUACUUCACUGAUUGCGUCCUAUUGGUGUGAAACGCGAAUAACUUUAAUAUCAACGCGAAUUCUUCGGUAGGGAAUCGCGCCACUUGGGCGGUGGCUUCUAUAUUCGUCUGUUUUCCACUAUAACUCAGUCAAAUUUGAACCAAUUGACACAACUUUUGGAAUGUGGUGAGAUAGGUCUAGUAUCUACCCGUGUACAACAUUUCAAGUCAAUUGGUUCAAAAUUGACUGAGUUAUAGUGGAAAACAGACGAAUAUAGAAGCCACCGCCCAAGUGGCGCGAUACCCUAUCAGAUUUUCAAAAUCUCACUUUUUUUGGAAAUUCAUUAUUUAUACUCGACUAGAAUGUAUGAUGUAUUCAGCACAAAAUUGUGUAAAGCAUUGUUCAAAUGGAGCUGGUAAGGAUCAUCGUACGGAUUUGCCAAUUGAAAUAUUUCCCUCGAUGAAUUCAUUUCUAUUCACGAGAGUGCAACAAGCAAAAAUUCACUCAAAAUUCCGAAGAAAAAAUCGCUCUGAAUUGCGAUGGAUCUUCCUUCCGAAUCUCGAGAGAUAAGCUCCGAAUCCCAAGGCGAAUUCCCUCUGAAACCUGAGAAGGAUUCAUUUGGAAUCCCAUGAGAGCUUAACUUCAAAUUCACUCCGAGUCCCGACACGGCUCCACUUCAAACCUCCAGAGAAAUUCACUCGAAAUUGCGAGAGAGAAUCGCUCUGAAAUCAGGUAAAGCUUUACUCAGAAUCUCAGGAGGGAUUUACUCCGAAUCCCGAGAUGGAUUCACUCCAAAAUUCGAGAGAAAUUCAUUCGAAAUUACGAAAGAGAAUUGCUUUGAAUGAAAAAGCUCUGACACUUUUGAAGGAUUCAUUUCGAAUUCUUGGAAAUUUUACUUUAAAUCCUUGGAGGGAUUCACUCCGAAUCCCGAGAUGGAUUCACUCUAAACAUUGAGAGAAAUUCACUCGAAAUUACGAAAGAGAAUCGCUCUGAAUCCAAUUAGAGCUUAACUCCAAAUCUCGAGCAAAAUUUACUACGGAUCCCGAGCUGGAUUCACUCUGCAGCAUAAGAGGAAUUCACUUCGAAUCACAUGGGAGUUGUACUGUAAAUCUCUAGCGAUUCACUCUCCAUCCCGAGAUGGAUUCAUUCUGAAUCCCUAAACGGAUUCACAAUCUCGAGUGAAAUUUACACGAAAUUACGAGAGAGAAUCGCUUUCAAUCCCAAUAGGACUUAACUCUGAACUUAGAGAGAGAGCUCUGAAACUCUAGAAGGAUUCACUUCGAAUUCCGUGAUAAUUUUACGUUAAAUCUCGGAAGGGAUUCACUCCAAAUCCUGCGUUGGAUUUACUCUUAACAUCGAGAGAGAAUCACGCGAUAUUACGAGUUGUUUUGAAACCAGAUCGGAUUCAACUAUAAAUCCCACUCUGAUUCUUGAGAGGGAUUCUCUUCGAAUCCCAUGAGAGUUUUACUUUAAAUCCCGAGAAGGAUUCACUCCGAAUUCCGAGACAGAUUCAUUCUAGAUCCCGAGAGAAAUUCACUCAAAGAGCAUUUCUUCCAAUUCGGAUAGGACUUACCUCCGAACACCGAAAGAAAGCUCUGAAACUUUAUAGGGAUUCUCUUCGAGUUCCAUGAGAAUUUUACUUUAAACCCCGGGACGAAUUCACUUCGAAUCCAGAGACGGAUUUAUUCUCAACCCCGAGAGAAAUUCACCCGAAAUUACGAGAGAGAAUCGCUCUGAAUCCAGAUUGCUUAACUUCGAAUCCCGGGAGAGAUUUACUCCGAAUCCCGAGAUGGAUUCACUUUAAAGUUUGAGAGAAAUUCACUCGAAAUGAUGAGAGUGAAGCUCUCUGAAUCCCGAUAGGACUCCGAGAGAGAGCUCUGAAGCUUUAGAAGGAUUCACUUCGAAUUUCAUGAGAAUUUUACUUUAAAUCCCAAGAAAGAUUCGCUCCGAAUUCCACGACACACUCUUGAGCUCGAGAGAAAUUCACUCGAAAUUACAAGAGAGAAUCGUUUUGAAUCCAGAUUGAGCUUAACUCCGAAUCCCAAGAGAGAUUUAUUCCGAAUCCCCAGAUGGGUCCAUUCUAAACCUCGAGAGAAAUUCACUCGAUAAUAUAAGAGAGAACUACCUUGAAUCCUGAUAACGCUUAGCUUCGAAUCCCGGAACAGAUUUGCUCCGAAUCUCGAGGUGGAUUCACUCUGAAACUUAAAAGGGAUUCACUUCGAAUCACAUGAUAAUUUUGCUGAAAAUCCCGAAAAGGAUUCACUCCAAAUCUCGAAAGAAAUUCACUCGAAAUGACGAGAAAGAUUUGCUCUGAAUCCAGAUAGGGCUUUACUCCGGAUCCAUGGAGAGAUUUGCUUCGAAUCCCAAGGCAGAUUCUUUUUAAAACUCGUGGGAAAUUCAUUUCGAACCUCAUGAAAGUUUUAGUUUUAAUCCCGAGAGGGAUUCACAAUGUAUCUCGAAAUGCAUUCACUGUGAUUCCCAAAGUUACAUUCAUUCAGAAUCGCGAGAGAUAAUCGAGUUCAUCUCAGUCUCGCGAAAAAUUCACUCAUAGUUCCGUGAGAGAAUCGCUCUCAAACCCGAUAGGUCUUAAUCCCAAAUCCCUAGAGAGAUUUACUUCGAAUCCUGCGACGGAUUUACUCAAAAUCUGAAAAAAAAAAACUCACUCGGAAUUUCAAGAGAGAAUCGCUCUCAAUCUCGAUAGGGCUUUACUCCGAAUCUCGAGAGAGAUUUGCUCUCCAGGCUUAACUCCGAAUCUCGAGACAGAUUCAUUCUGAAACUUGAGAGGGAUUCACUUUGAAUCUUGAAAUGAAUUCACUGUGAAUCCUAUGAUAUAUUCAUUCCAAAUCACGAGAGAUAAUCCCGCUUUUCGCUUCUAUCCGACUCCCUAGAGAACUUACUUCGAAUACUUAGACGAGUUCACUCUAUAUCUCGAGAGAAAUUCAUUCGAAAUUCCGAGAUAGAAUUGAUCGCAAUUCCCCAAAAAAGCCUUAACUGCGAAUCCCGAAAGAGAUUUGCUCGGAAUCGCGAGAAGAAUUCACUCUGAAACUUGAGAGGGCUUCACUCCAAAUCUCUAGAGAGAUUCACCCUGAACCUCGCGAGGGGUUCAUUCCAAAUCACGAGAGACAGUCACCCUGAAUCUCGAUAGGGCUUCACCCCGUUUCCCUAGAGAGAUUCACUCCGAAUACUGAGACGAAUUCACUCUGAAUCUCGAGAGAAGUUCACUCAAAAUUCCGAGAGAGAAUCACUCUCAAUCCCGAUAGGGCUUAACUCCGAAUCCCAAGAGAUAAUGCUCCGAGUCCUGGGGUGGAUUCACUCUGAAUCUUGAGAAGGAUUCACUUCGAAUCCUGAAAUGCAUUCAUUGUGAAUCCUAAGAUAGAUUCAUUCCAAAUCACUAGAAAUAAUCACUCUGAAUUCCGAUGCGGGCGUCACUCCGAAUCCCUAGAGAGAUUUACUCUGAAUAUCGAGAUGAAUUCACUCUAAAUCUCGAGAAAAAUUCACUCAAAAUUUCGAGAGGAAACUGUUUUCAAUCCCGAUAUAGGUUAGCUCCGAACACUGAGAGAGAUUAGCUCCGAAAUCCGAGGCGGAUUCACUAUGAAACUUGAGAGGGAUUCACUCGAAAUCUUGAAAUGGAUUUACUGUGAAUCCUAAGAUACAUUCAUUCUAAAUCAUAAGAGAUAAUCAUUCUUAAUCCCGAUAGGGCUUCAAUCUGAAUUCCUAGAGAGAUUUACUCCGAUUCCCGAGACGAAUUCACUCUAAAUCUAGAGAAAAAUUCACUCGGAAUUUCGAGUGAGAAUCGCUCUCAUUCCUGGUAGGGCUUCACUCCGAAUUCCGAGAGAGAUUUGCUCCGAACUUCGAGUUAAAUUCACUCUGAAACUUGAGAGGGAUUCACUUCGAAUCCCAUGAGAGUUUUUCUUUAGAUCCUGAUAGGGGUUCACUCCCACUCUCGCAAUGUGUUCACUGUGAAUCCUAAGAUGAAUUCAUUCUAAAUCACGUAUCCUAGGAGAGAUUUACUCCGAAUCCCGAGCAAGAUUUGCUCCGAACCCCGAGUUGGGUUCACUUUGAAAUUUGAGAGGGAUUCAUCCCAAAUUCCUUGAGAGAUUCACUCCGAACCCCGAGAGGAAUUCAUUCCGCAACUCGAAACGCAUUCACUGAGAAACCCAAGAUAGAUUCAGUCCGAAUAACGAGAGAUAAUCACUUUGAAACUCGAUGCGGCUCCGCUCCGAAUUCCUAGAGAGAUCUACUCCGAAUCCUGAGAUGGAUUCACUCUAAAUUUCGAGAGACAGAAUCGCUCUCAAUCCCGAUAGGGCCGACCUCCGAUUUGUGAGGAGGAUUCACUCUGAAUCUUGAGAGGGAUUCACUUCGAAUCCCACGAGAGUUUGUCUUUAAAUCCUGAGAGGUAUUCACUCCUAAUCUCGAAAUGUGUUCACUGUGAAUCUUUAGACAAAUUCAUUCCAAAUCAAGAGAGAUAAUCACUGUGGAACUACGAAUCCUAGUAGAGAUUUACUCCGAAUCCCGGGCGAGAUUUGCUUCGAACCCCGAGUUGGAUUCACUCUGAAAUUUGAGAGAAUUCACUCCAAAUCCCUAGAGAGAUUCACUCCGAAUCCCCCGAGAGGCAUUCAUUGUGAAACCCAAGUUAGAUUCAAUCCGAAUAAUGAGAGAUAAUCGUUUCGAAACUCGAUACGGCUCCGCUCCGAAUUCCUAGAGAGAUUUACUCCGAAUCCUGACACGGAUUCAUUCUUAAUCUAGUGAAAAGUUCACUCGGCAUUCAUUCGAGUGCAUCCCAAUAGGGCCGAACUCCGAAUCCCGAGGCGGAUUCACUCUGAAACUUGAGAGGGAUUCACUUUGAAUUCCAUGAGAGUUUUACUUUGAAUCUCGAGAAGAAUUCAUCCCGAAUCCCGGAACGCAUUCACUGCGAGUGCCAAAGAUAAAUUCAUUCUAAAUCACACGAGAUAAUUACUCUCCCGAGUCCGGAAAGGGGUUAGCAUUGAAUCUCAAAGCGGAUCCACUCUAACUCUAAAAAGAUGAAUUCUAAAACAAUCUUGAAAAUCCUCAACUGAACUGAAACUAAAAAAACACCUAAGGAACUCCUAGAAAGUUCUUGAAGAAUGAUGCCAUUAAACAAUUUUCAAGUUCACUCCUGGAGGAACCUCUGGAGGAUUUUUUGAUGAAACUCCUAGAAAAACUCCUGACAAAAUUUUGAAUAUAUUCAUUGAAAAACUUCCGAAAGGACAUUCGAAAAUUUUUCCAGAGAUACCUCUUUUUGAACUUCUCGAGAAAUUCCUAAAAGAGCUCCUGGAGAAUUCUCAACGGAACUUCUGGAGAAAUGUCCGAAGCGACUUCUGAACGAUCUCCUAACUGAACUUUUGGAAGAAUUCAUGAAGCAAUCUUUAAAGAACUCUUGGAGAGCUUCCUCAAAAGGACUCAUUGAGAAACUCGGGGAUUUUUUGGCAUUUUUGGAAGAAUUUCAUAAAAUACUUCUGGAGUAAUGACCAAUAGAACUUCUGGAAAAAUUCCAGAAGGUUAGAUAUAAACUUCUUUAAAACUCCUAAGGAAUUUCUGAACAAACUCCUGGCAGAACUGCCGAUGGAACUCCUGGAGAAAUUCCCAAACCAACUUUGGAAAAGUUUUUGAAGAUAAAUUCGGAAGAAUUCUCAAACAAUACCCUGGAGGGAUCCCUGAAGUAUCUCUUGGGAAAAUUCCUGGAGACAUUGAUGGAGGAUUUCCCGAAAGAGCUGCUUGGGGUGAAUUCAUAAAGAUUUCAAGAAGGAUUUUGUUCUAGGAUUCCUCCUGUUAUUUAUCGUAUCGCAUUUCGUAGGACGAAUUCAUUAUAUAACUACUGGAGAAAUGCCUAAAACAAAGUUUUAAGGACUUUAUAAAAAAAAAUCCUCAAAAAAAUCGAAUAUACUUUUGGAGAAAUUCUUUGUAGAAAUCCCAGUAGAAUUUCCGAAAGGACUCCUGAAGGAAUUCCUGAAAUAACUACUGAGGAAUUCACUACUUCAUGAAACUUCUGCAGGUAUUCCCAAAGGAAAUCGUGGCCAUUGCCAUAAAAAUUUCUUGGAAAUCUUGGAGAAAUCCCCAAGGUGGCUUCUUGAGAAUUUCUCGAACUCCUGGAGGAGAUUCUGAAGCAACUCCUGGAAAUUAUAUCGACCGUGUCCUGUAAGGACUUCGUCAAAGAACUCAUGAGAAAAUUCUCGAAAAAACUCGUGCAGGAAUUGCCGAGAGUUUUUCAGUAAUAAUUUCAAGAGAUACUUCUGGAGUUAUUCUCGAUAGAAUUUCUGGAGGAAUUCCCAAAGGCAAAUGUUGAAGAAAUUUUGAUAAAAAUUCUGUAGAAAUUUCUAAAACAACUCUUGGAGGAAUUCUCGAUGAAGUUCUUGGAAAAAUUUCCGAAGGAACCUCUACAAUGAUUGCCUACUAAACUUCAGGAGCAAUUCCAGAAUGAAUUUAUGAAGAAUUUACAAAAAAAAACUAAUGAAAAAUUCUGAGAGAAUUUUAGAAUAUGCUCCUAGAGACAAAUACAAAUUCUCGAAAGAACUCUUGGAGGAACUUCAGACAAAAUUUUAGAAAGAUUUUUUUCAAUAAUUCUCAAAAAAAAACUAAAAACUUCUAAAAAUCUGUAGAAAUUCUUCAAAGAACUGUUGAAGAAUUUUCAAUGAAACUUCCAGAAAAAGCCAAAGGAAACCUUGAAAGGGGAUUUCUGAAUGUACUCCUUCUCGUAGAUAUUACUGGAGAAAUUCUCGAAGGAAUUCUUGGAGUAAUUUCCAAAAGAGAGACGAACCAGCUCAGGGCUGAAAGUCUCUAAAAUAAGGCAAAAAAAAUCCAAAAAAAGUCGUGAAAAGUACAUGGAGGCUCUUAAAGGAUUUCCUCAAGAAAAUCCCAACGGAGUUCUCGAAAAAACUCCUGGAGGCAUGUUCCAAGAAACUCAUUCUCAAGAAUUCUCCUGCCAUUCUCGAAAGAUUUAUUGUUGAAAAUUCUUAAAGUUAUCUUAGACAAGAUCCUGAAUGAACUUCUGGAGAAACUCCAAGAAAAUUCGAAUUUAUACCAGGAGAAUUUUCGAAAGGAUCCACUGGAAGAACUUCAACAUAUACUUCUGGAGGUAAACCUAAAAAAGAAAUUGAACCAAUUCCUGAGGAAAUCCAGAAGGAACACACGAAGAAAUUAAAAAAAAUAACUGUAAUACUGUAGCUGUCCUACUGAAGUAUUCUUGUUGAAAUUCCCAAAGAUAUUUCUGGAGGAUUCUACGAAGGAUGUCCUAGAGGAAUUUCCGAAUAAUCUCCUGGACCAUUUCCAGAAGGAACCUCUGAAGAACUUCCUGAAUGAAGUUCUUAAAAAAUUACCACAAGAACGCAUAGAACACUCUGAAAGAAUUUCAGAAUAUGCUUCUAGCGAAAUUUCCAAAGGAAUGUGUUCCGAAAAGGACGAAAUCGUGAAGAUAUUCUUCAAGGAAUCCCCGCUAGAGGGUCUUGCCCUAAAUUUCCCGGGACAAAAAUCCCGGAAAAUCCCGGGAUCUGAAAAAUUCCGAAUGCUUUUCCGGAAUUUCCCAAAAUAAAAAAAAAAUGGCAAUAAUGUGUUCUAAUAAAACAUAACUAAUCACACAAAUUGUUUGUUUUUAAUAAAAGUUAGUUUCCAUUUUACAUUCGAUUCUGCACUAUCUGGCAAGUUCAGUGCCCAUCUUUUUCUACGGAAAUCAAGCUUUUAAUGGGAAUGUUUGUGAAUAUGACGACAUGCGAGAUGCCAAUCUUUUGUUUUGAAUUAUGAUUUUCGACUCCGAGUCAUGUUUACAAGAAUCGGAGUCACGAUUUCAUGACUCAGCGCUAUGGUUUCCAUGACUUAGCGUCGUGAUAUUUUAUUUCUGAAUACAUCAUUCGCUUCGCAUUUCUUCUGGUCAUGGUAAAUGUUUUAAUUAUUCUUCGUUGAACCAUGAUAUCAUGGCUAGAACUCAUGAAGCGAUAAGGUUGGUGAUUUCAUGAGUUUUUGGUCAUGAAUUCGGCAACGAUUUUUUUCCUAUGUACAGAAAGCUUCCAAUUGAUUCUUUGGACAGUUUCUCACAAACUUGGUCAUGUUUUAUCGAUAAAGUUCCAUUUCGGGCGAAGGUACAAGUAAAAUUUCCAAUUAAAUAGGGGAUAUCGGGGUUAGUUGUUUCCGUGCGUUGACCCUACAGCACGAAUUUUGUACACAAAUAUGAAUUGAAUACAUCAUGCGUAGUUUUAUGUAGAAAUUUUUGCAACUUGUUUCAAAAAAAAAAUCAUCCAGUACCAUCUUUUCCUAGCAGAGACAUUGAAUAUGUUCGCGUUUCACACCUAUUUUUCCCCACUGUGCGCUGCGCGGCUGCAAACCGUUGUUGUAGCCUACUGAGUUGAGUUUGCUGCGCUUCGACAAAGGAUCGGCGUUACCCAACACUACUGUACUCUGAAACAAACAAACUAAAAUAGUGUCUAAAUUGAUGAAGACUCGGACACGAUUGCUGCGAUGAGAGUGUGUACGGAUGGCCAUGCCUAUUUCCAGUGAAAACUAGAUGUAUCGGUAUUGACAUCGAACAAUUUGACCGCUCCCAUCGCAUCGACUGUGUUCCUGAUCCUUAAUAGAAAAUCAGCCAAUCCAGGGCCACCCUCCUCCCAUGAUGGUGGAGGUGGUUAUGGACCCAGAUUGGAAUGAAAUCAAAUGCUCAAUCGUAGAUCAGUAUCCAACCAACCAAUCCCAAGUAUAGUUCCCCAAACCUCCAUUCGACCGACACGCGUCUCGCAUCAUCAUUUGUAUAGAACCCUCUCGCUCGCCAUUAUUGUGUCCGUUUCUCCAGUCACCGCCCGCUCACUCCCGAAAUUGUUUAGUUUAUUGAGAUUAUUAUUAGGUAUCAUCGGCUUACCACAGUUAUCAUUGGCUAUGUAUGUAUGGUAGACAGGCAAAAGGUGCGUUGUUAGGAGUUAGGAAAAGAAAAAACCGCUGCGCGUAUUGUGUUUUCCGUUUGGUAGAAGAGAAUGACUGGAAUGGAAUGCAUUAUUUUCUCAUUUUUGCUGAGAAAAAACAAAAUACGAGAAGAACUCGUUUAGUAAUGAUAUAUACUAUUAAUCUUUGUGUUUAUUGAAAAAUAUGCUGUGAUUUAUACAAAACCCCCAUCUAUUCAUAUUACUUUAUUAAUUAUUCCUCGUUGCUGUCCCCUUUUCCUUUUUUCCCGCCGCUUUGCGAUGUUUGUGAUUGUGUGAUUGUCUGUUUUCUUCAUUUUGGUCUGAUUUAAAUACGAAAUUGUCCAGCAAUAAGAGUCUGGUUUGAUUAACCUCAAAAAAGCACAUGGAAGAGAUCUGUUUCAUGGGAUUACACGCUGAAGUACCAACAUCUUUCCCAUUCUUACCAUUCUUUACGACAGCAAAUCCACAAAAAGGAAAAGAGCUCAAAUUAAAACUUACACUAAUGUUGGUCAUAUGCAGUUUUGUGUGUAGUUACACGGUCGCCAUGUCAUGAACUGCCAUAACCGUUUUCUUAUAAUACAUACAUUGUUUUUGCGUUCUUUUAAAAAAAAAAGAUGAAAUAACUCUCAAGUUGACUUUAUAUGAAGUUGAUUCAUGCAACGUAUCAAAAUUUACGGCGUCAUUAAAAAAAUGGAUAUGAUAUGAAUGAAAAACUUCUCAUGUGCUUUUACACGGUCGCCAUAUAAUAAGCUGUUAAAAUCGUCAUGUUCUAUUACAUUGCUCUGCAAAAGUCAUGGCCACCUACCAUAUUUGGGUUCUUUUUUUUGACAGUGUUGAUAAGGAUUCCUCCAUCAAACCUUCUGAAAUCUGUUGUUCAUUGGGAACUUUCUUCUGUAGUUUACACGGUCGCCAUGUCAUAAACUACCAAUGCGAACUGUGUUCUUCUAAUGCAUUGCAAUUUUUUAUUUCUAAUAAAAUUGUUGGAUGGCUUGCAAGUUGGCAUUCUUUGCAGUUCCAUUUGCCCAAAUGAUAAAACGAUCUGCGCCUUUUUACCGGACAACCAAUGGUUAUGAUAUGAAUCAUAAUCUUUCUAUAUGAUAUGACACGGUCGCCAUGUAAGAGGACUGUAUUUCAAGAAUUUCUGGAGAUAAAUCGUUACCAAGGAUUCUGCUUGAUUUCAUCUAAUGACUCCUUCGUACAGUUUGUCUUGGAUGCCGUUAAGAAUUUCCGUUAAAACCAGAGAUGAAACAUUGAGUGUAGAAUUAGCAUUUAAGUGUAUUUUACGUGAAUACAAUAAAAAAAAGAGAUGAAACAAAAAUCACAAAUUCCACGUGGAAUUUUUCCAACGAGUAAUUCUGGGAUUGCUUAGGCUAUUUCCGGGAGAAAUUUCCUGGGAAAAAGAUUCGAUCCGGGUUUGUUUAAAGAUUUUAUUCGUGAAUUAUCCACAAAAUGUUCCUGGAAUUCAGAAGUUAUUUCAAGCAUUCUUUUGGGAAUUCCGCUUAUGUUUUCUUCAAUAUUUCUUCAGGAAUUUUCCAAGGAAUUCUUUCAAGAAUUUGCUUUAGAACUUCUUCUAACAUUUCUAUCAAAGAAUCCUUCAGGAAUUCGAUCAGGGCUUCAAUUUUUUUUUCUGUUGAAGGAAUCCUUCAGGAGUUUAUUCACGGUUUUCUUCAGUAAUUCGUCCAGAAACUACUAUAGACAUGCUUUGAGAAAACUUCCAGAGAUGCCUUCCAUAUUUUUUGCUGGGAUGCCUUCGGGAGUUCCUCCAGAAACUUCCCAUAGGAUUCCUUUCGGGUUUGUUCCUGAAAUUCUUUCAGGAAUUCCGCCCGGAAUUCUUUCUGAAAUUUCAUCCCGAUUUUUUCCCGAAUUUCUUCUGUGACUCAUUUCAGCAUGUCUCCGAUUUCCCGCAGAAUUUCUGCUGAGAUUCCUUCAAAAAUUCCUCCUGGAAUUCCUUCUGUAAUUCCACCUGGAAUUCCUUUCGCGAAUCCUCCUAAGAAUCCUUGUAGAAUUCCUCCUGUGAAUCCUCGUGGAGUUCCUCCAGAGAUUCCUUCCGGAAUUCCUCUUAGGAUUUCUUCCCGAAUCUUUCCUGGAAAUCCUUUCGGAAAUGAUCUUGGAUUUUUUUCUGAAGUUCAUUCUGGGAUUCCGUUCGGAAUUCCUCCUGUGAUUCCUGAUCCUUCUGGGAUUCCUUCCGGAAUUCCUCCGGGGAUUCUUUCCGGAGUUCCUCCUGGGAUUCCUUCUAGAAUUCCUCCUGGGAUUCCGUCCGGAAUUCCUCCUGGGAUUCCGUCCGGAAUUCCUCCUAGGAUUCCGUCCGGAAUUCCUUCUGGGAUUCCGUCCGGAAUUCCUUCUGGGACUCCGUCCAGAAUUUCUUCUGGGAUUCCGUCCGGAAUUCCUUCUGGGAUUCCGUCCGGAAUUCCUCCUGGGAUUCCUUCCGGAAUUCCUCCUGGGAUUGCUUCCGGAAUUCCUCCUGGGAUUCCUUCCGGAAUUCCUCCUGGGAUUCCUUCCGGAAUUCCUCCUGGGAUUCCUUCCGGAAUUCCUCCUGGGAUUCCUUCCGGAAUUCCUCCUGGGAUUCCUUCCGGAAUUCCUCCUGGGAUUCCUUCCGGAAUUCCUCCUGGGAUUCCUUCCGGAAUUCCUCCUGGGAUUCCUUCCGGAAUUCCUCCUGGGAUUCCUUCCGGAAUUCCUCCUGGGAUUCCUUCCGGAAUUCCUCCUGGGAUUCCUUCCGGAAUUCCUCCUGGGAUUCCUUCCGGAAUUCCUCCUGGGAUUCCUUCCGGAAUUCCUCCUGGGAUUCCUUCCGGAAUUCCUCCUGGGAUUCCUUCCGGAAUUCCUCCUGGGAUUCCUUCCGGAAUUCCUCCUGGGAUUCCUUCCGGAAUUCCUCCUGGGAUUCCGUCCGGAAUUCCUCCUGGGAUUCCGUCCGGAAUUCCUCCAGGGAAAGUCGCCAAGGAGUUCCUCCCUCAAAGGAUUCCACCUGGGAUUCCUGCAGAGAUCCCUAUCAAGACUUCUCGCGGGAUUCCUCCCGGGAUUAUUCCAGAGAUUUCUACCGCGAUUCUAGCAGGGAUCGGAUCCCUCCCGGGAAUCCUUCUGGGUUCCAGAAGGGAUUUCUCCCGGGAUUCCUCCGGGGUUCGCAUCAAAGAUUGAUCUGCGGAUUUUUGGCCGGAAUUCCUCCGGAUUUGUUUUGUUUUCAAUUCUGUCCGAGUUUUCCGAAAAUGUCACCGAAAGUUCUACCCAGUAUUCCAACGAUUCCUUCCGGAACAUAUCAAGAGAUACCUCCCGGGAUUCUUCCAAGGAAUCCUCCUGAGAUUGCUACAAACAUUCUUAAAAAAAAUUCCCGGGAUUUUUUUUCAUGAAAUUCCACAAGGAUUCCUCUCGGAAUUUCCACAUGAAGCAAGAUGUCUUGCGGGGUUUCUCCAAGGAUUCUUCAAUGGAUUCUUCGAGGAGUUUUCGGGUAGUCACUUUGAUUUCUCUAAGGAUCUCGCCAGGGACUUCUUCCGGGAUUCCUCCACUGAUUCCUCCGGAAAUUGCACCCGGAAUUCUUGCCAGGAUGUCCUCUAGAUUUGGAACUUCUUCCGAGUUUUUCAAGAAUCUCUACACAGAUUUCACCAAGAAUUCUUCCCGGGAUUUAUCAAAGAGUUUCUUCCGGGAUUUAUCGAGAGAUUCUAUCCGGGAUUCUGCCUAAGAAUACUUUUGAAAUUGCACACAAUAUCAGAAUUUCUUCAAGGAUUCUACCCGGGAUUGCUACGGAGACUCCUAUUAAGAUUUCUGACGGGAUUCCUCCAAGGAUUCAUGUCGAAAUUUUUCCAGGAACUGCUCUAGAAAAUUUUCCAAGGAUUCCUCUCGCAUUUUUCCUCAGAUUUCUCACGGUAUUUUUCUAGGGAUUUCUCUAGGAAUUCUUCACGGAAUUCGUUUAGAUAUUAUUCCCGAGGGGAUUCCUUAAAAAAUAGCUCCCAGUAUUUCUGGCAGAAUUCACUUCAGUUUUUUUGGAAUUCCUGGCCGAAUUCACUUCAGUUUUUUGUUUGAAUUCCUGCAAUCUCUCUCAACGUUUCACCAAGAAUUUCCUCCCGGAAUUCUGGAAUUCUUCUAAGGAAGUCUGACAUUCUUCCAGGGGUUUUCUCCCGGGAUUUUUUGUUUGAGAAUUCUCCAAAAGAUUCUCCCUGGGAUUGCUAUACAAAUCCCUAUCAAGAUCUCGCGGGAUUCCUACGAGAUCAUUCCAGGAAUUCCUCCAGGGAAUCCUACCGGAAUUCCCUCCAUAAUUUUACCCGGAAUUUCCGGAGACUAAGCUUGAUCAAGGGCACUUGUAAGUUGGCGCUUUAUCUACAGUGUACAUGGUCGCCAUGUCAUGAACUGAAAUAACCAUAUCCAAAAAAUAAGCAUAAAUCUCAAUUUGGUGUUCUUUGAAGUAGAAUUGGCAGUUAUCUUUUAAAAAAGACGAAACGUUCGACAUCAUUUUAUAAAAGAAAACUUUCAGUAAUCCAAAUAAAUCCAAAACUUCUCAUGCUCUACGUCGCCAUGUAAUGAACUGUUUAAACCAAAUGAAAAUAGUUCAGUUGUCUUAUAUGAAUUUUUGUCAGCAACCCCUGCACUCACUUUUGUAUGCUGUAAUUUCUUCGACAAAAGCGUAUUCACAGUACGAUUUCGAACGAGGUUCCCGGCAUUGAACGUUUUUAUGGCAGACAGAAGCUUUCAAACUUGUUCGAAGGAUGCGCGAUUGAACCCAUAUUAAAGACCGGUUGGUCUUGAAUGUUCUGGAUCUUUCUAUUCUAAGGUGAAUGCCACUAAAAACUUCGUAUUCGUAAUGUGCAUUUUGAAGCUUUAAGCCUUGACCAGUGUUGCCAAACGAACCUUUUUUUGCUAGACAUGUCGAUAAAGAAACAAUCAACGCAUCACAAAUCUAUUCACUGUUUAUAAGGGAUUUCUAUCGGGAUUUCACCCGGAAUUUCCGAACAGUAACGUGAACAUGAUGAGUCAAGGGUAGUUUACACGGUCGCCAAGUUAUGUACCGAAGUAAUUUUCUUAUAAAAAUAUACAACUUUAACUAGACACACGAACAGUUCUUUGUAGACUUUGCACCAAUGACGAAACGUUCGACAUCAUUUUGCACAAAAGACAACCAUUAGCAAGUCAAAAAUUGACCAUACCUUACGGUCGCCAUGUAGUGAACUGUUAUAACCAAAUCAAGUUACAUUUUUUACAUGAAUCAAGGUUGACAACCACUGCCUUCAUUUGUUUAUGCUGUAGUUUCUUCGAGUGGAACGUAUUUACAGUACAAUUAGUAACGUAGGACGUUUUUGGACGUUUUUAUGAUCAACUUCUUGCAAAAUGUCUGCCAGAUUGACAGAGGUUUUCAACCUGUUUCGCACAGUACAUCAAUAAAACAUGAUUGAACAUAAACAUUUUUUAAGGAGAAUGCCUCUAAAAACUUAAAUUCGUGUAUGAAAUGUGCAUUUCAAAUCUACAUUGCCUUGUGCAGUGUUGCCAAACCAAAGUUUUAAUUGCUUGACAUGUCAAAUGAAGAAACAGUCAUCACGUCACAAAUCCCUCGACCCCCAUUUAAGGUAACUGUGUUUAACAUUGUCGAAUAUUUAAGUCAUUUCCCCUAAAAACACUUUCCUCAAAACUCAUCAAAACCAAUAUAUUAGUGCUGUGCUCCCUUCCUAAUAUCCCGACGACCUUUCCACUCACCCCACCCAUCUUUGUUAUGUGUAGUUGUUAGUAAUAUCACACACACCUAGUAGUCGUAGUAGUGCCGCAGUAGCAAAAGUGGAUAUUUCGUCUUAUUUUUUAGGUUAGAUAGGCGUCGUCGGAAGAAGCGUUCCGUCUAAAUUGGCACUUUUUUCGUUUUUUUUUCGGCCUUGUAAAAAUUUCCUAAAAUAUAAACAAAAAAAAAAGAAAACAAAGAGGUUACCUGAUCAGGAUGGGACAAGUUCGCGACGCAUCUAUUAACUAGUGUAAAUUAACCCUUUCCAUCGCUGGUUGUUGAUUUGUUAUCGGUGUAUGUAUUCUCCCCAACUGAUUCCCCCCAUUCCGAUCCAUUCCCCCUCUCGAAAAAUUGAAAAAAAAUAUAUGGAAAAACAGACGAAUGUCACGUGUUGGACCUAACCUCACUUCUUUUUGUUGGUACUCUCCUCGUCAAGCGACACCAACGUAAAAAGCGAGGUUAUGUCCGCCGAUGGCUUCCCGCCUGUGCCCGGAAUGCGUGUGUAAUAUAAGAGCAAAAGUUGUUUCUUUUUUUAUGUUCGUGUUUUUCUUUUUCCAUUAGCCAUUUUGAACGGCCGUAGCCUAACGGGGCCGUCACUGUCCAUAAGCAAGAAUUAAACAAACAAAAAAAAAACGGAACAUAGAAAAAUGAACAUGAUCUUUCUCGUAGAAACGCGUCUGCGCUGCGGUCUACGUGCAUACUACAUUAACGGAACGGGAAAUGUGUAAAACAAACAAGAAUUAAGAAAAAGAAAAAAAAACAUAAGAAAAUAGAAGUGAAAACUUUCUAGCUAGUCAAAUUUUAUGUUAUUAUAAUAUUAAAAUAUUGUAAUUAUACGUUUUAUCACAACACUGUAAAGCUAUUAUAAUUGGAGGAAGCCGAACACUAGAGGAAGUUAGGAAGUCGCAAAGGCAAAAAAAAACUAUUAAAUUAAACAAAAUAUUACAACUUCUACACCCCCACAACACACACACAACUGAGAAAAAUAGUCUUUUAGUCGUCUUUUUAAUGAAAUUGUAAGAGUAAUCUAAGAAGUUUAAAUUAUUUAUUUAAAUUAAUAGUAAUCGUAAAGAAAAAGUGGUAACAUUAAAAACAAAUCGAAGCUGGGCGUGCAACAAAAAAAAGAAAA